AUCACAGUGCAGCACAGAUUACAAAUGAACCGCUACAAAAUGAAGAUUUUCAUAACUCUGGCAGCUUUGGUGAUAAACGCAGUAGUGGCUGAAGAGGAACUGUACGACUUGCCAUUAUUAGAUAUGAGAGAAAUAGCCAGAAAUCCUGAUCAGCUAAAAAGCUUUUUGGACUGUUUACUUGAUAGAGCUCCUUGCAAUCCUCUUUACCAGGGUUAUAGAGAUUUAGCACCGGAAUCAAUCAGAGAAUCUUGCAGGAAAUGUACCCCAGCAUUAAAGAUAUUCGCCUAUGUUUUCUUUACUACACUCAAGACCUUUUUACCUGAAGAAUAUCAAAACUUCAGAAACAAAUAUGACCCUGAUAACAUUUAUAUCGACAGACUAGAAGAGGAAGUUAGAAAAUAUGCAUUUGGAACAUUUUCUGGCUAAAAUUAAGAGUAAAAUAACUUAAACUGUCUUUUACUACAAAGCAUUCAAAUGAUAUACAUGUGAUAAAUAGUAU